AUGUACCACCAACUAACUACCCCAGAGUCGCGACUUGCUCAAAAUGAGUGGUCAAAACAGCUGCAACAUGGGGUCAACGAAGCAUGUGAACCACCCGUUCUGGCCGAUCGGCAGCUAGGAGGAUGGGUGCUCCUCUCCGACAUCAAGGAGGGCGCGCAGGCCCGGAAGCGGAAGAAGUCCAAGGACAAGGCCGCGCCGGACCCGGCGAAGAAGACCAAGAAGGCGGCCACGCCGGAACACGACCGGAGGACGCGAACCGGAACACGCGACCGAGGGCCCCGGGAGAGCCGGAAGCCGGAACAUCCGCGAGACCUCUACCGGAACAUCAGGGCCGGAACAUCAGCGCAAAUGGUGAUUCACACUGGCUCUAUCGACCAGUUCUUAUCUCGAGCUUGA